CUAAGCACAUGAGAGAGGGACAUAUCUCCCCCAGAGAAGACAGAAAACUACUCUCGAAUUACCCCAAAUCAUCAAUCAAGAUGCAGAUGUCCGAGCCCCUCAGCCAGAAGAACGCUCUCUUCACGGCCAUGAACCGCUUCAUCGGCGCCGUCAACAACAUGGAUCAGACGGUCAUGGUGCCGAGCCUGCUGAGAGAUGUUCCGCUGGACCAAGAGAAGGAGCAGCAAAAGUUAACCAACGAAUCCGGUAGCUAUCUGCUCGAUGCAGAGGCAGACAUGUACAGCUAUUACUCCCAGCUCAAGUCCAUCCGAAACAACAUUGAAUGGGGUGUCAUGCGUGCAGAGGAGCAGAGGCGCAAGAAGGACACUCCUGCGUUGGAGCCAGUGCGCACAGAACUGGAGAAUGACGUGGACCUGGAACAGCUUCUGCAGUACCACCUGAGGGGCUUGCAUGGGGUGCUGUCCAAACUUACAAGCCAAGCCAACAACCUGACCAACCGAUACAAGCAGGAGAUUGGCAUUGCUGGUUGGGGACAAUGAACUGCAUCAUGAAGGGUCCACACAUGAUGAUCUAUUCUGAUCUAAUAGGAUCUGUUCAACAUUUGUGGAAGAGCUUGAAGGGACUGACAAAACACUAAAAGUUUGAAAGCAAACCCAGAGGGGAAAGUGGUUUUGUUUUAGUAUUGACCAUGGUGUUGAUCACUGAUGUGUUGUAAGGGCUGCUUCCUGACUUCAGGUCUUAAGCCAUUUUAUUUGCACUGCCAGUUUCCUUUUUAUUUUUUAAAAUACCCAUUCAAAUGGCUGGCUGCCAUAACUUUCAUUGAUAUUUAAAUCUAUUUAUGUAUUAUGUACAAUUGAAAACUUUUAUUUUUCCAUUCUUCUUCAAUGUUCAAGAAGAAAACUGUUGUAUUAUGAUGUUCCUGAAUGUUUCAGAAGACACACAGACCUACUAAGUGUGUUUCCACUGAUACCUUUAUAGGAAUUGAGUGUUUGAUAGUUUGUGUAUGUGAGAACAGACAUAGAUAGAUCCGUAGAGGCGGCCUGGGGACAUUUCCUGCUUAUGACUCGAAACUAUCUGUGAAUCAUCCUGUGAAUCAAUGAUGUGGAAUGCUCUGAAAAAUCUGUUUGCAGGUGUCAUGAUGAGCUCCAUGAGAUUCUAUGCCAUAUUGUGCCACGAUGCCAGUAUGUUAUUGUUUUAUGACAAAAUAAACAUUUGUAAAUUGAA